UGCACUCCGCCGCCUGCGCCUCGAGCCGCUCCUCCCCCCACUGCUCCCCUCCACCAUCGUCAUCAUUGUUGUUGUUGUUAUUGCUGCUGUUGUUGUUGCUGCUGUUCCCGCCUGGCUCCCACCCGGCUCCCACCGCUGCAUCUCUCGCGUGUAUUUUCAGGCUUUUAAGAUGGAAGACACGGCAACAGCUUUAAAAACAGAAUCCAGAGGUGCAGGUGGAACGAGAGAAUACAAGAUUGUGAUGCUGGGACCUGGUGGAGUUGGAAAAAGUGCAAUGACGAUGCAGUUCAUCAGCCACCGCUUCCCUGAAGACCACGAUCCAACUAUCGAGGAUGCCUAUAAAACACAAGUCCGCAUUGAUGAUGAAACGGCACACCUUGACAUUUUGGACACUGCAGGACAAGCGGAGUUUACAGCCAUGCGUGACCAGUACAUGCGCGCAGGCGAAGGAUUUAUCAUCUGCUACUCCAUUACCGACCGCCGCAGUUUCCAGGAGGCUGCUCAGUUCAAACAGCUCAUCUAUCAAGUCCGUCACACGUACGAGGUUCCUGUGGUGCUUGUGGGCAACAAGACCGACUUGGGAGAAAUUCGCCAGGUCUCGCAGGAAGAGGGCCGAUCACUGGCACGAGAGUUUAGCUGCCAGUUCUUUGAGACGUCAGCCGCGCUGCGGCAGUACGUGGACGAGGUAUUCUACGCUGUCGUGCGGGAAAUCCGCCGCAAGGAGCACGAUGCCAUGGUGGCGAUGGAGAGACGGUCCAAAAGGAAGGAGAGCCUUUGGAAAAAGCUCAAGGGCUCCCUGAAGUCUAAAAAGAGAGAGAACGUCACAUGAGUUUCACAGGUCGCAUAUGCCUUCAGCGGCUGAGGAUAUUUACACCUCGCAAGCUGGCACUAAUCUCUAUAAAUCAUAGGUUAGACUCGUGCACUGUGGCUUAAUGUGUUUCUCAAUAUUUCAUCAGGUUUUGUUUGAUUAGUUUGAGGUGGGCUUGUUUACGGCACGUGGAACGGUGCCACGUACCGUGGAACCCGCAUAAUAUCCAAUUUAUGACUAUCAUUCACCACCCUUACACACAUCACUGACUUAAACAUCUGUGCUUGAUGCAAAGUAAUGUUUAAAUUAUUUUUCUUAAAAUUUUAAAAGUCUGUCUCCUCGCUAAUGAGCGUGGGGAAGUGCUCGUCUCGCUUUUGGAAGGUUUGAGGCAGUGCUGGAACUUUCAAGACAGAUGAAAGGCCAAGUCUAUUCUGACCCAAAUGAGCAAGUCGCCCAGUAUGAUAACUGCGGCGAAUAAAAAACGAAGUGUUAUACCUCCUCUUGGAAUAUAUUGAAAAGAGCUCAAGUAGGAAAACACGAAUUGAUUUGAAUGAAUGAGAAUUGGUUUCGAUUUAAAGCUUUCGUGACUGCAGGGAUCCAUCUUCUUGGUUCUUUCGGUAAAGUCACGUAGAAGGGAAGCAAUAAAAUAAUAAAAAUAAAACAUAAUAAAAUAAAAUAAUUCUCACCUGAGGACGGCUGCUUGCGUUGUGGCCGAAACGUCGUGAGAAUUAUUUUAUUUUAUUAUGUUUUAUUUUUAUUAUUUUAUUGCUUCCCUUCUACGUGACUUUACCGAAAGAACCAAGAAGAUGAAUGAGAAUUGGUUUACGUCCCUAAUAUAGGCAAAUUCUUAACCCUCCACCACCCAACAUCGCUAAACAAAUCACGUUUAUUUGGCUGUGUCAAUUGUGAAUAUUAUUAUUGGCCAUGAAAUCCUGUGAUAAAUGAUAUUGUUGUGAGACAGAAAAACAUCACUUCAUCUCUGAUAGGCAAUGACUGUUCUAAUAUUUGCACUUUCAUCUUAGUGGCAUUUGUACAAUGAUCAUGCAUUUCUCACCCCAUUUAAAUCACAUAAUGUCUUAUUUUGAAAUCUCGUCUUGAAAGCUAAAAUGAAUAAGAAUGAAACAUACCUGGUGUGUUUACAUAAUAAUGGUCACACAGGUUUUCCAAAAAUAUACAUACAUCUGUUUUCCCAAUGUGUAGAAGGUCACCUGUUUUGUGGUGAAUGUCCCCAGAAGUACAAGGAUGACUUUGCAUCAAGUAUGGGUAGCUAACUACAUUGCAUUGUAUUUGGUCAGUGUGAAACUUUUUUUGGCACAAAUACAAGAGUCUGAUGUUAAGGGGUGGUGGGUGCUGUCGAUUUGAGGGUAUUUUCCUGGUUUGUAAUUUUUAUGAUCACGGAAGUUAACCGCCAGUUUACUUUUAGGACAUCCUUUCAACUUAAAUAUUGACUUGUGCUUAGAAUCACUGUAUUGCUCAUUCAACAGUUGUGUUUAUUUAUAUGACCACUUAAAGUAAAUUAUAAAGCAAACCAGAAUACAUUAUUUGAAUUCAAAUUUGCAACAACAAAAAAAAACGUCAAAGUAGUCUUUUGGACAUUUACAUUUCCUUAAACUUGCCUUAUGUUUACUGUAGCUUAACAGAAUUAGAUUUCAAAAGUUCAGCUCGCAUGGUUGUUCUCACUGUGGGAAGGGUAACCCGCUUGAACGUGAUUAUAUUUGGUUUUCUUAAUAUGAUAUUUUAUAAUCCAUUUACCUUCAUGUAGACAUGGUAGGGCAAUUUAUCACAACUGGACACCUACUUUUUUAUUCCACGUUAUGAUCGAGUUGCAUACAAAACUGAUGACAUGGUAAAACAAACUGCUGAUAAUUUCACAAUGAUCUGUAGAUGUUACAGUUGGAGCUUAUUUAUUUUGUUUCAGGAAUGAAAGGCUAUUUUUUUUAAUAUUGCUCAAGUUGUACUUAUUUAUAAUCCAUUUAUAAUUAAACACAUUUAGAUGUAAAUGCAAAUAAUUACUAACAGACUAAUACCAAAAACAUGUUAAUGUUAAUUUUAGUCGGCACUCUCUAAAUUUCAAAGUUUGUCAUUUAUAUAUAUAAAUAAAAAAACGUACAAUUAAAAGAAAAAGGUGAUUCCAUUACAGCAAAAGUAUUUUAAAAUUAUGAACAAAUCCUUUAGCAGUGACAGUUAAAGUUAUUGUGGACUAUGAUAUGCUUACAUAUUCAGUCCUUCAAAGCAUCGUCAUUAGUUGAAGAUUCAUGAUCUUGCUCCAUAUCGUUAAUUUGCCAUUUUUAAUUAACCUCAGGUCUACGUUGCAAAGCAAAAUUACAGUUGCAAUACAAGAGGUUGUAAUAAGUGUUAUUUAAAAAAAUCACCACCAGUCAAACUGACAACUGGAAUGGGGUGUCCAGAACAUGGUAUCCAGAACAUGGUAUCCACAUCAUGUUAAUGAAGACCAAUGUUCAUAUCACCAAGACUGUUUGCAAAUGGUAAUCAUGUUAACUAGUCCUCUCUGGUUCUUUCGGUAAAGUCACGUAGGUAUAAAAUAGUGAUUUGUUUUAUUUUCUACCUACGUGUAUUUACCGAAAGAACCAAAGAGUAUGGAUUCCUGCAGUCACGAAAGCUUCAAAUCAAGAUUGAAUGUUAACUAGUGUUCAAAUGCUUGUAGUACAGGUUACAUGAUGCAUAACGGAAUCAAGAAUGCAUUAGAGGAAGAUUCAGUGUGGUCAGGACUGUCUUAAAUACUCCUGCAUGAAGCUUAACAGGAGGAAUAAGUAGCCUGGUGAGACCUUCCAUAUCAAAAGCUGGAUGUAUUCAAUUCACUCAAAUGCCUGUUUUCUAAAAUGUAAAUAUUUGAUUUAAAUCCCAGUUGAUGACGUUUACAAAAUUGAGUCAGUGGGUCAAUGACCAGAGGGUGACAUUUGUAAUGUUUUCUUCCAAUCAACUGGAACAAAUGCCAGCCUACGUUCAUGUAUUGCAUAAUAAUACAAUUAAGAGUCUACCUACAUUUGCCUUAAGAGCUAUUUUUUAGCCUGUAUAUGGAAGCUAUUAUUGUCCUUGUGGUUUAGAAAAUGAUGUAUGUUUGGGAAAUAAUACUUUUUUUAAUAGCAGCUUUGUCUAGAAUCUAUCAGUAAGAAACAGUGAGAAAAUGAUCACUUGUUUGAGUAACUUGUCGUCACCCAUAAUACUAUGAUCAAGCAGUUUUCCAUUAACAUUUGUAUCAUGUUUAAAUGUGCACAAUUUCCAAAGUGCAUAAUUUAACAAAUAAUUAAGCUGUGGCUGUUUUUUUGCCAGCACACAUAGUGAAAUAACUUAUUUAGGUGCCUUUUCAAUGGGGGGCAGUAAAGAAUUAUUGCAAUAAAAAAAAAGAUACUGUAAGUUAAUUGCACAUUUUUGGUUUUAAAAUUCCUGCAUAAAAAUAACAUAAAAAUAACAUUAAAAAUAGGCCAACACAUAAAUUAAUUAAAUUGAGAGAUUAAAAGUUUCAAUGUGCAUUGUAUUACAUGUUAGCUUCAUUAUAUUGAGUAAAUAAUUAACCGCAUUAUUAUCUACUUUGAUUUAAAAUAGGAAAAAUAUAAAAAAAAACUCACCCCUAAAAAGUGGUUGUUUUCAGGAUGAAAACCAAAAACGGGUAAUUAUGGACAUUGAACACUGUUACUUGGUAGCUGUUUCAUGCGAAUCGAGAUGCCAUCGUCUGUUUUUAAUUUGUGUCAAAGCUGUUGAAGCCUGUUUUACAGUUCUAAUAAAUGUUUUUUCAUUUUGUCUGUUAA